AUGAUCCAAGUCCCCAGCGCUGGUUCCCAGCCUCACCAGCAGGAAAUUCAUCCUUCUGGUGCAGCAACCGACAAGGAUGUCGCCUGGGCUGUAGUCAGCGACGAAGCGGGGGAGAUUGACCCCGCAAUUGAAAAAAGAGCUUUGCGCAAGAUUGAUGCAUUUUUCAUGCCGGCUAUGUUAAUUGGGUAUGGAUUUGUUUACUGGGAUAAGGCUAUCUUGGGCAGUGCGUCGCUGUUUGGCAUGACGACCGACCUGCAGCUCUCGGUAAUGGAUUACUCCACCACGCCGGCCACCAAGGAUACCUCGCGACUCAGCUGGGCCACCUCCAUCUUCUACUUUGGGAUGAUGGCGGGCUUGUAUCCGAUGACGUUUGUGCUGCAGCGGUUUCGCAUCCAGCGGGUGUUGGGUCCUGUGGUGAUGCUUUGGGCGGUUACCUGUGCUGCGACGGCGGGAGUGACCUCGUGGCAGGGGCUGUUUGUGCAGAGAUUCUUCCUGGGGUUCGUGGAAAGUGUCAUUCCCACCGGAUUCAUGACGGUCGUCAGUGGGUAUUAUACUCAGCAAGAGCAGAGUCUGCGCCAAGCGUGGUGGUUUUCGGGUACCGGUUGGUUCACGAUUAUCGGUAGUGCACUCAACUAUGCUUUUGGACAGAUUGAUUCCGGGAGUCUGCGGCCGUGGCAGUAUAUCUAUAUCUGUGCUGGUGCGCUGACGUUCCUCUUUGGGUUGUGGUGCUGCGUCAUGCCCAACUCGCCAGUCGAGGCAUGGUUCCUGACUCACGAGGAGAGGGUUGUGGCCGUGGAGCGUCUGCGUCGGGGUCAGACCGGAGUGCGUUGCCAUGUGAUCAAGAAGGAUCAGAUUGUGGAGUCGUUCCUGGAUAUCAAGUUGUAUCUUGUCGCGAUUAUGAUGGCUGCAGCAUAUACCAUCAACGGAGCAAUUUCAGGAUUCGGUCCCCUGAUCGUGUUGACCUUUGGCUAUGAUACCCUCGACUCGAUUCUGUUUCAGUUCCCCGUCGGCGGCAUCUGCCUUAUCUUCAUCCCCCUCUGCGGAUACAUCUCCUCGCGCGUCCCCAACAUGCGCAUCCCCAUGCUUAUUGCUUGUUGUCUCCCAGUCAUCGCCGGGUGCGUGAUGAUCUGGAAGUCCGAAUGGGGAUACCAUCCUGCUGCGCCAGUGGUCGGGUACGCCAUCACCGGCUUCUUCGGACCCGUCGUCAGUCUCAUCAUCACCCUUGGUGCGAGCAACGUGGCCGGCGCGACGAAGAAGACCGUCAUGGCAUCCACAGUUUUUGUCGCCUACACUGUUGGAAACAUCAUCGGACCGCAGCUAAUCAACAGCAAGACAGUUGACCAGCACUAUCCAGAGCUGUGGAAGGGCAUGGUGAUCUGCUAUUGCAUCACUAUCGCAGCCGCGACAGCACUCUACAUAGUGCUGUGGCGGGAGAACCGGCGUCGCGACGCCCUGGACCUCGACGAGAGCCAGCGCGACAAGCUAGCAUUCCAGGAUCUCACCGACAAGCAGAACCCGUUCUUCCGAUACGUUCUGUGA